CUAAUAUUAAGCAGCCUAACAUGAUGCUUGUUUCUCUCUCUGCUUGCUAAGUGCAUUGUAAGUAGCGCAGAUGUUUUUGGCCCAGUGUUCUUGUUGGGGAACAUUAACGUCAGGGAGCUAAGGUGACUGAGAGGAGGGCUCUGAGUAACUUUCACGUCUGCACGGUGAAAGCAGGGACGGCUAGCUGCUUAUAGGGACUGAGCAACGUCUGCAGUGUUAGUUAUAUAAGGUGUGCUUCAUCUGUCGCUAAGCCCGAGCCGGUUUUUGAACAUAUGCUAGCGAGCUAACUGUUACUGUCAGCUUGUAGCUCGAUUUAAAAACCCUUUUAGCUGGCAAAGUUAUUUGGAAAUUAAUUAAAUCCACGUGUGGACGUUUGAAAAGAUGACAUGCUAUAUUUACCUCUGCUAAAGGGCUACAAAAGUAUGAGAUGAGGAGAGUGUCUACUGCUAACCUCUUCGACUGUGAAGUGAGCUAACGAUUUGGGGGAUAUAAAUGAAUCGGCCACACUUAAGUCACACAAACUGGUAUAAACAACCACAAAUAAGCCAUCUCUCCAAUAAUUGGAUGUUAGAUAAUAAGUUGCAUAACUUUUCUCAAGCUGAUUAAAGCUCAAGCGACCGAGUGUGGUCAUUUAGGACUUAUAUUUUAGACAGGAAUACUUUAACCUUUAAUGGCUUUAUUGUUGUUUGAGUGCAUACCUGCGUCCGAUUAGAGUAACAGGAACCUCUGUCUUGCAUAAUCAAGCUAAUCCACACACCCCACCUCACAUCAGCAAACAAAUGCAAGGGGUAAUAGUUCAUGAUUUGGCCUGGUGCAUGAGGCGCAUAGGAUGGAUGGAGGUCAAGGAUGCUGCCUGUGAACAAACGUUUUUGAUAUGUUGUUACCACUAAACAUUUCAUUACCACUAGACAUUUAAUCUUUAUGGAAAAAUCCAAUUAAAGUUAUUGAUGCCACUUUUGUGUGUGUGUGAAAUAUCUAAAUAAAAAUACACAUAUAACACAUAUAAUGUUUAUUUCAAUUUCAGCAUCAUAGCUGUAAAAUUAUUCUUUCUGCUUAUGGCCUUCAAAUAUGCUAGUGCACGAAAUGCUAUCAAUUUUCAAGAAAAAUCAGGGUGUUUUUUGAAGCUCCAUGCUCCUGAAGUUAGUCAUUAUGAGCUUAAUGAUGUAAUUCAGAUAGUUCUCUAGAUAUAGCAUGGAACUUAAAAAGAUCCACAUAUAUUACAGUCAGCUAGAAUGGGUAGCUUGCCAAUGGGUGCUUAAAUGGCCACAGUCAUCAAAAAUAUGUGAGUGCUGUCUCUUCAGUAGCUGUGGGGAUGGUGACAUCAUGUAGGUCAGGCAAACAAGAAGAGGCUUAUUGCAGAAGUAGGCCAUUGUCUCAAGUCAUACUGCAAAGACCUAAUCUCUACACAGCCAGUCAGUGACCUCAGAGAGGUUGGUAGUAGUUUUUCAUCUCACUCUUUAGCAGCAUGUACUAUGGAAAUCACAAUCACUGCUAAAGCAUACAUCUAUAUACAAAUGUUCUGUUUGCAACAAUGAAAUUACAGAAUUAUAAAAAAUGGCGAAGAAAUGAUCAACAGUUACAUGUUAAGACACACUCUCUUCCUCUUCAAGCAUGCACGUGCGCUCUUCUGUGGGGUGUGCUGUUGAGAAAGUUCAGCAUAGUCAUUGCUUUCUUUGCAUCAGCUUGGCAAAUCCUAAAUUCUUUGUCAGAGAUAAUUUCAGGUUUUUUUUGUAACCCAGACUUUCUGACUCAGUUGAAUGCUCACAAAAAUAGAGUAAUUAAUAAGCCAUUUCACUCUUCUUUUGGACAAAAUGGGCCAUUUAAGUGCUACCCACUUGAGUCGGAGCAAUUACAUGUAAUAAAAAAGAUUAAAGAAAUGAUCAUCAAAAAAAUUAAAUGAUAAAAAGCAACAUUGUUUUUGCAAAUAUGGCAAGAGAGUAAUGCUGCAGAAAAUAAUUUAUUCUUUUGAGUUAAUACAUGAAUGUUAGCACUCACUACAGGCUUUUAUUUAUUAUUUCUCAAGUUUUCCUAAACAUUAAAUACCCCAUAGACACAGUUAAACAUUUUCUGCAUCGCCUGCUGACUAUUUGAAACACACAGUUUGUCACUAUAAUUUCACAGCUUCCUUUAAUGGUAAAGUUAAAAUGCAAAUCAACAGGUUGUAUGUAUAAAACGCAUUCCUUUCUUUUUAAAAUUUUCUGCAAGUGCCACAAUUUCAUUGAUUGUUUGAGUUUUCACUUUAAUAGGAAUACAGAUUCUGUUCUGUUUGAAGAAAAAUGUAUUAUACAUUAAACCUGUUGAAUCUUCUGGCACUGCCAAGUCUGCUUCACACUGCUGGAACUGCUGUGAAUAAAUUACUACAAAAUUCAGUCAGUAAAAGUAAUUUUAGUUAGCUCUGACUGCGCUAAUGUGCACGUUAGAGAAUUUUUAGACGUUAUAUUUUUUCUUUUUUUACUGACUUCUAUCCUCUGUUCCUCUGACACUUUUUGACUGAAGUAGGUAGCACUUGAUCUGUCAACUUUGUGCAGAAGAUGUGUGAAAUGACACAUCAAACGCCCUCUUUUAUAAAUGUUGAGCACUCUCAGAGGCUGAAGCAGAAGUCUGGGAUAACAGAGAAUGUUGGUGACUCCUGUCUUGAUGUGAGUUAUCUGAAUUUGCUUGUUAGUACAUUGUUUCAGUUAUGUGUAAUUCAUCCAGGUUAAAAGAAAACAUCUUUGUGACUCGGAAGGUUGAGGCCAAAGUUUUCAAACUUCCUGAAAAAUAAUUAGUCUCUUGUCAGACCUUCACCUGAGCAUGCUGUUGGAAAAUCAGACUGUGAAGUGAAGUUCCACAAGCUAAUCAAAAAAGGGUGCUUCAGUUUCAGGGCUCUAGAGUGGUUAAUAUUGUUAAGCCCCUUUUCUUAUGAAAUAUGAGUUUUUUUUCUUAAAAUAUUUCUACAAAUAUCUUGCAAAUUUGCUCAAAUACUUUUUUUCUUUUUCUUUUAAAGAAAUUGCUUUUAUUUGAUAAUACGACCCUAUUGUGACAGUGAGUGUUUUUUUUCUUCUUCUCCUUUACACCAAAUGGAUGGAGGUCAUGGUGUAAAGUCACCUACCCUCUCCCUGGGGCUGAUAGGUAUUCAGUGUCUGUCCUAUGGUUGCUUCAAUAGGGCUGAUGUUUGCUGUCAGGGGGAACUGGACACUGGCCUUUAUGGUGAAUGACAGGCCUUCUAAUCAAAGCCACCACUUUCCUACCGUUUGUUUGCAGCCUACAGGCCACAUUCCCUCCACUAGGGGUUACGCUUGGCUACUCUAUGUCAUUGAGGUCAGAGGUACACAGGACUGGAAAGUGAGAGUGACAUUCCAGCUGGGAGAGUCAGACAUACAAGCUCCUUGGCUUGGAAGUGUACAGGCUGUAAAUAGCUGCUGGACCUGGGAGUCAGGGGAUCAACAGGGUAUAAUCAGAGAGAGUGGGGAUGUUAUUGGAGAUUGAGGAGGGGGACAGUCGAUGAGCUUUGGAGUUAUUUUGGGAAGGAUUUUGGUUAGAUGUUCUACUGGACCCAGUCUGUGUCUUUUGAUUUUAGCUUAGCACGACUGGGAGGCUCGCAUGGAGAUCAACAAGAAAGAGGAUAAAGGAGAAGAUGACACUGCAGGCCCUGAGGGGGAGAUGACAAAGGAGGAUGUUUCAGAGCCCGUUGAAGGCGACACGGUCCUGGGCUGCCGCGCUAGACUCUCUUCUCAUCAGCGGCCAGUGAUCCACCAGGUGGCCUCUGCACCCAUGCCCAGUGACUGUGAGUUCUCCUUCUUUGACCCCAGUGAGCCGCAAUGCAGGGAGGUUCUGUUGGAUCCCAGCACUACCAUACCAGAGCUGUUUGCUGUCCUCAGGCAGUGGGUGCCCCAGGUUCAGAAGGACAUUGACCUUAUCGGCAAUGAGAUACUAAAGAGAGGCUGUGGUGUGAAUGAUCGAGACGGUCUGACAGAUAUGAGCCUCCUGCACUACUGCUGCAAGGCCGGAGCCCCAGGCAUUGGCGAUGCAGACACGGCAGCGAGCUUUGCUCAGCAGCUCCUCGCCCUGGGCGCAGAUCCAAACCUUCGUUCGCGGUGGACUAACAUGAGGGCUUUGCACUACGCUGCGUACUUCGAUGUGCCCCAGCUUAUCCGUGUGGUGCUGCAGGCAUCCCAGCCUGGAGAUGUUGAUGCCACCUGCAGUGACUUUGAUUUUGGCACAGCUCUGCACAUCGCCGCAUCCAACCUGUGCACAUCAGCUGUCAAGUGUCUCUUGGAACUGGGAGCCAAUCCUGCGUUCAGAAAUGAAAAAGGGCAGUGUCCAGCAGACGUGGUGCCUGAUCCCCUCGACAUGCCUCUGGACAUGGCUGAUGCAGCAGCCAUGGCCAAAGAGCUCCGGACUUUGCUGAGACAAGCGUUACCCAGACCCAGCUCCCCUCUGCCCCUCACCCUGAAAGCCCAGUCCCUCCCUGCUCUCUCUGAUAAGGCCAGGCUACAGCUCGCCUCCAUGGGAAUCCGUCUAGGUGACCGUGUGAUUAUAGCUGCACAGAAGGUUGGAACUCUGCGGUUCUGCGGCAGCACCGAGUUCUCCGGUGGCCUGUGGGCCGGAGUGGAACUGGACAAACCAGAGGGGAAGAACGAUGGCUCGGUAGCAGGUGUUCAGUAUUUCAACUGUCGAAACAAACAUGGAAUUUUUGCUCCACUGUCCAAGAUAAGCAAACCUUUGGAAAGACAUAAAACCAGCACUACAAAGAAGUCUACACCCGUGCGUCCCCCUCGUCGCAUCGACCUGUCUCGGAUUACUUCCAAGAUUAACACAGGUUUGUCUCCUUCUGUUAAAAACACACCUGAUAAUCAAAAAAGUGCAUCUGGUCCUCAUCAAGACACAGAGGGCGACACCUCAACCGUAAAGACAGGCGUCCUCUCCCGCUCUCUCUCCUCUUCGUCGUCUUCCCUGGACUCUCGACAGGGACCGGGCGCUCGACCCCGUCCGCUGCCCAGGCAACGGCUUCCUGCCAGGCAACGAAGGGAGCGUGUUUCCCCGAGUCCCAGAAUAACACCUUCACCAGCCCUCCGCUCUUCUGCUGGCACCACUGCAGGUUUUCGAAGCCGAACCCCCUCAGGCAGCAGCUCCCUGUGUGAUGGCUCUGAGGUGCGCCUCGGGGAGAGGGUGCUGGUAGUCGGUCAGAGAACUGGUGUGGUCCAGUUCUACGGAAAAACUAACUUUGCUCCAGGACUCUGGUUGGGCAUCGAACUGGACAAGCCGAGCGGUAAAAAUGACGGGUCAGUGGGAGGAGUGAGGUACUUCACCUGCCCACCAAAACAUGGAGUCUUUGCUCCUCCGUCUCGCGUUCAGAGAAUCCAUGGAUCUGUUGAUUGCCUUUCAGAGCUCACUUCCUCGCGCCUCAGUCAUCCUCUAAGUGGGACAAUUCGUCGCAGUUUCAGCACAUCAUCGGCCAUCGCCACUCCGAAGGAGACGAACAGAAGAAGCCCUGUUACCAGGAGUCGUUCCAAUCCUCACCGCCGGCGUUGGAGCACCCUCAGUGGGGGCAGUGGAAGUAUUCCUGGAAGCACCGCAGGCUCAAGUCCCUCUCCAAGCUCUGAUGGGCAGGUCCACCUCCACGUGGGCAUGCAGGUCCUGCUGAGCAGCGCCAAUGAGAUGGCAAUCAUCCGUUACCUGGGCACAGCAGACUUUGCCUCAGGCCUUUGGCUGGGUCUGGAGCUCCGAAGCCCCAAGGGCAAGAAUGACGGCUCAGUGGGCGGCCGUCGCUACUUCAGCUGUCGACCCGGCCACGGUGUGCUGGUCCGCCCCAGCCGUGUCACUUAUCGUGGCAUCAAUGGUUCACGCUUGGUGAAUGAAACCAGCUGAGGUCUGUAGGACGCUUUCUGUUUAUGAUCCGCUCAAAGCAAAAAAAAUUUGGGUGUAAACUUCUCCAUCAUUGCAUUGUGCUCAAUAAUGUUUUCAGUCAUGUGCUGUUGUAACAGGAAUAAAACCAGUUAGUAAGUACUUGUUUUUUAGGAAUUAAAGGGGCCUUGAAAGCACUUUAAAAAGUUAACACUAAAUUCUAAAUAGAAUUUGUUUUGCAAAAUGGGUAGGUGGGUGAGGGGGUCUUAAUAAGACAUUAAACACUGCACUACUUUAAAUGUAAUUGCACUGACAAACAUUACUAUGAUAGAUUAGAAUAGGAUAAAGUGGAUGUUCCGCAUGUCCGCGAGUAAAAAGGUUUUCUAUACCCAAAGCUAAUUUUGAUCACAUCAAAUGAGAUUUUUAUCAGAUAAUUUAAGAGUCCACUAUCUAACCAAAAGAGUGCAUGCGUUUGUGUGUGUAUGUGCGCAUGUUAAUUAAGAGCACUUUGAAACAAGAGAGAAUGAUUGAUUUUUACCACGGUCGCUAUAUGGCUUACAGAUAAUUGGCGGAUACCGAAUCUAAACUGAAUAUUCGCUUUAUGAAUCAAUGAGAAUUAAAAAAGAGAUUUAAUUAAGCUCAGACCUCCAUCAACCUCUGUUAAAAUACAGCUGCAUCAACAGGAAGUGUUUCCUCCUGCGUGCAUCAGUGUCCCCCUCAGACUGUCUGUUAAUUUGACGCAGACAAAUGAUGGUUGUAUUGUGCUAUGGCACAGCAAAAAUCUAUACCCAUCUGACUGUGAUUCCAUUAUGGUUGGCAUCAUACUGAUAACACUUUUAAAGAAGUGAUGGUAUUUGGAUAGAAUAUGACAUGGAAUCAGAAGCUGUUCUUUUAAAAAGUGCAUUAACUGCAGAUGGGAACACACGAGAUGAGUGAAAAGCAGAUUUUAAAGAGACCUUUCACAAUGAAGUUUUAUGUAUGGUUGCUCUGGACUGUAGUGCUAUUUAUUCAUCUUCGACGUGUCUUUAAUGCUUGUUGGCCAGUUUCACAGAUAAUGGCUGUAAAAGUGUCUCUUAAAUAGGAUGGAAGUAGAUGGCACUUGCCCUGUGAUGCUUAAAAUGUCAAAUAAUGUACAUCUGAAAAAUGCUCUUUCCAGAAAUCAUUCCAGAAACUGUAUAGUAAGAGUCAUUCAUUCACCUGUUACUAAAGGCUCUUAUUUGUGACAGGAUGUAAACAUUAAUGGUGCCCUCAUCAGUUAAGCCUGUAAUGUUGGCUAUCUGCAUGCUUUCAGUGACUGGCAAAUGUAGAGAAAACAUAAAGUACAGCCUGAGAUGACGGCGAGGGUAACGUCUGUCUGUAUAUCUAUUCCUCCACAUCGAUAUACUGCGAGUGCUUAAAAUUAUUGAUGAUUAUUUGUAAGAUGUAAGACCGCGCAGUGAUACAUGCAUACUAAAUAUUAUCCCAACCUUUUCUUUGUUCGGGGAUGUAGAUCUGUACUGCAAAGACACUGAGGUUUGAGUUGGAAACGCAUAAUUAAAAAUGGUCUCGGAUGCUGCUCAACUAAUGGAAGAGAAUAAGAGUUAAUAAUAUUCAUGAAACUGACCAGGUGUUUGCUCAUAAUUAUUACCGAGUGUCCGUAUUUUCUUCUUUAUUGAUGCAGAAAAAUGCUGUCACGAACAGUGUGCCUCGAGUCCAUAAUUAUACAUAAUGUGGUAUGCUUCCUCAUUGACCUGUGCAGCGAAGCACAUCCGACACUUGGUAAGAUUUAGGCUAAUUUAAAAGUUGGCUCAUUUUUGUUUAAAGUGGAUUGUUUAUUUAAAUACACUUAAUAAUAACCUCCAAAACAAAAUGACUUGUUUUCUAAAGCAGGUUGCUUUUGCUGCGAAAUAACCUAAUAUUAAAAAAAAGUCUGCCAUGCUAACAAAUUCGAGUAGCUUAAUAUGAUCCAGCACCAAUGUGCGGACGAGUACCUGCUUUUUGUUUUUGUUUGACAGCGUGGCUCUUCAGGAGAAAAUGUUCAGUAGGAGAAAAACAAAAUCCUUCAUGAAACGACUCGCAACAAGAUUUGUGAAUGUUUUUGACCUAAAAGGAUAUGCUUUCUGGAAAAUGGUGCUGCAGAUGCUUUUAGUAUUAAUUCCGUUGUGUUUAAGAGAACGUGGACAUUUCCAAAAGAGACGCGUGCAAAAAUGGCAAAAAUAUCACUACAGGCCACAGGAAAAUGUACCUUUCUGUUCUCUCCUUCUCCUCAGCAUUGUCUAGACUGGUUUUAGCUGCGCUGUGACAGAUUCACAUCUUUUAUCCGUUGGAGGGAGCAUUAAAUCUGUCAGAGCUGUCACACUUUCAAUUUGCAUUAUAACCCGAAUGUGAAAAAGCUCAUUGUGAUUCUAUACUUUGAGCUGACUCCUAUCAUUUUUGAACCGUGUAAUCUGUUAAUGCCAGGUGUUAAAUGUGUGAGAUUUAAAGAGUGUUAGCAAGUGAUCUAAAAGCCCUCUUGAAUGUUCCCACCUUUGGUAUCUAACAGUAAAAUAUGAUAUCAUUGCAUUUGUAGAGUGAUGAAUGGAGCGUAAUUGUAUUUGAUGCUUAAUUAAAGCAGUGUGACACAGGAAAUAUGCAAUCAUCCAGAAGCUUCAAGCGCAGAGUUUACUAUCUGAUUAGAGCCGUGUGAGCAGAGGAGUCAGCGGAGAACAAGCCAUUGAUUGUGCAUGUUGAAAAACAGGCCCAGUAUUCAGUAAAACACUCGUGCACCAUCCAAUUAGGGCGUGUAUGCCACAGCAGCAGUUGUUGAAUCACCAGUGCCCUUCUCUCAUUGAUCUGUCUGGUCAGGCCCCGUCGUGAUUGAGGAGCAGUGGUGGGUAGACACAAGGUUGUCUGAAAUACCCACCACGGUGGAAAAUAUUCCCACUGAAACAUUUUCAGCGCUUACAAAAAGCUUCUCAUUUAUAUUAAGACCACCGCUGUGGUGGUUCCUGCAACAUUUCAGAUCUCAUCUUCAGACUGUGGGUGUUUUCUUUAACUCAAUUCCCUCUACAAAUGUAUUUGAAGUGUGUGGCUGUGUUACACGGGGCUUUGUUCUGAUGCAUUUACAUGUUGUGGGUAAAACAAACAAACAAAACAAAAGUAUUUGUAAAAAUAAAUAAAAGUUUCCAAUUUGACCUCUUAUCUCUUUCCUCUUCUGCUCUUUGCUUUUAUUGAGUGUGUUUGCCUGACAUUCUCAGAUUGUUCACAAAGAGCUGCCUUUAGGGACCCAAAAAAUGAAACUGCACAAGCACUUUGAAAUGGUUACACGUCUGUUCACUUACCAUCCGAUUCCACCGGGGCUCAUCUCCGUCAAAGCUGAAAAGCCUGGUGUGGAGUGGCAUUGUUUGCCAGCCUGGGCACACAAAUUCAGGUUUGAAUGGGAGUGACGUGCGCUAUUAUACUGUGAUUGUGGAACAAAUAGAUGUUUGAAUGGUUGCAUGAAAUUGUUUUCAGUGCUUAUUGUUGCUUAUUUUUAUAGUCCGCACACAACAGGGGGGGAAAGAGGGCAAGGGAGAGGAUCCAGUGAAGCAGCGUCUGCCUGUCCAAACUACUGACCGAGUGAUGGUUUCAAAGGUGAGAAUGAAACGAGACGCGCAGCCAUUGUAACUAAAUAAAUAACUAAAUAAAUAUAGCCAAGUGGUAUUGUCAGACAUUAAAAAAAUACAAACUGAGUGCCAGGAACCCACUUUAGUAAAAAAUGUCACGUUUCAAAUUCAGUCGUUUGUAUUUAUUUGGACAAGCGUCUUCUAUUGUGGAACUCCCAUCGUGAAAAACAAUCCCCUGAUGACUUAAUCUAAUAUUUAUCUCACGCUAAUUUAAAAUAAUCAUCGUUGUGUCUGAUUUGAGGUAAAUGGAGAAGUUGUCAGGUGGGGAAUGAACAGUGUGCUUGUGCUUAAGACUUCAUUGGGAGAAUAAGGGCAUUUUUAUCUUAUUUAAUGUCCAUGAAAACGAAUUGGUGGAUGCAAUUUUAACACAUUGAAUAGUUAUUUUUGUCUGAAACAUUGUGAUGCUUUUGAAUCAAAAAAAUGUUUGUUUUUUAAUGUCGGUAAGGUUAAUGGAAAGUUGCUUUUUUUGUUUGUUUUUUUGCAUUGAGCCACGAAUGACAGAACUUGAGUUGCAAGAUGCAGAAUCUGCAGAAGUAAAUGGAUCAGCUGACAGAGAGAAGCCUGGUUAUAUCUGGUCUGGUGUUUAAUUGCAUUAGAACAAUUGUUGUUCAUCUGUUACCAGACCAAUAUUUGUAAUAGAUAAAAGAAACUGUGUAGUAGAAUAAACACAAAUAGAGCCAAAGUAAAUAGAACUCAUGAAAAGAGCCUCCUUCGUCACCUUAGGUCUAUGGAGGGUUAAUGGUCUGACUGCACUGUAUUAAGUGGAACAAGUAUUUGUUCCACUUAAUUACUUCUGAUCUUAAGGUUAUAACUUAUAACUGGUUAUAGCAAACACAUAACCAAAUAAAGGGAACCUUAAAUGGAGAUAGUGCCGUAUUGCUGAACCUCAACUUUAUAUGCAUCCUGAAGGUAGACUGUGUGACAGGAGUCCUUACACCGAGGAUGUCACUUUUACUAAAUUCUUUAUGGAUUCUCUUCUGUUUUGAAAAAGGGGAACAAAGUGCACAUACUGUGCUACAUUAUUGUUGCUAUUAGUGCAAGUGCUUAUGUAAAUGACUUGUAAAUGUAAAUGGAGGCACUGGAGGCAGCUUGCAGAGAGCUUCAGUUGAUGGGCAAAGUUUUGAGAAAUGCAGUGAUGCUUCUGUUUCUAGCCUCUCUGCAUGGUGAUGUCUUUGUCGCCUAAAAACAUAGCAGCACAAAUGCUUUUCAUCUUGAAUAUAGCCUUUUGAAAUGAUGAAAGGGCCUCCCUGGAGCACACAAUGGCGCUGUUUAACUCAUGCCCCACUGUGUGAAAUACUUGGGCAUUAAAGGUGCAUGCUUAUUUUCAGAUAAUGGAAAAGCAUCAGAAGAAUUUGAUUUGACUCAGGUUAUGUUUAUGGAAAGGUUUACCGUUUUGGAGGGUUGUGUAAACCAGUGUAGGAUGCUUUUGUUUUUUAAGAUUUUGGCUGUUGUCAUUUUAUGUUAAGUGACAUGAGAAUGCAGGUUGCACAGAUGCAUGAGAGAUUAAACUGCAGCACAAACUUCUGUGAUUGGCUAUUACCACAACUAAUCAUGCAACGAGUCAUAUUAUUUCCCAGAUAAUUGCAUUAAAAUGCUCCAAAAGACUCCAACACCACAAACACGCUUGAUAGGUUGGGUUCAGAGAGUCAGAUUAAGUGAGGUAGAUCCCAGCAGGUAAUAAAUUCACUCACUUUACAGCAGUGCCAAAGGAGGAAAUUACCUCCUGAGACUAAACUGUUUGCACCAGGGGGGAGGCUGGCUGCUGUAAAGUCAUGCAUCUUACCAAUGUACACAAAAGAUGGCCGGAACUACCAUGAUGUACCAUGACAUCAUCCAAUGUCCUUUGGGUCCUACAUUUUAAGGGCUUAACAUUAAGGGUUGCUUUUUUGUUUGUUUGUUUUUGUUUUGUUUUUAAACCCGUAUCUGUUAAUUAGUGCUUAGUAAAAUUAAAAUACUAGAAUUUUCGUGAGACUAUGAAGCGAUACUUUCAAACAUGAUGGAUCACACAACUGGCACAGCUGGCAUGUAAGGAAUAUGAUUUGCUAUUACGAGCUAAUGUACACUGUCAGCUGCACAGGCCUCUACAGUUGUAGGCAUGUUUACACUGCAGGGAUAAUCCUGCUGCGGCCUCCGUGCACCCCGUCGGCUGGCUUACGUGCAAUAAUGACCAGUUCUGUACAUAAUCCAUGUUAUUACACAGCUACUUUACCAAUGAGUGGUAAUGAUUUGACACAAUUUAUUUUUAUUAUUAUUUUAUAUUAAUCACCCAACCAUUAAUGUAGUCGUAGAAACACUUAGAAUUAAGCAGAAAGUGCAUAGUGCUAGCCUCAAAUCCAUGGAUCUUAGUCUCAUAUCUCUCCUGUCUACUGACCUCAUUAUAUCCUGGUGUUUCCUCUUUUUCAUGCAUGCCACGCUGCUUUUCAUGCUGAUUACUGCAAUGCUUGAGGCUUUUUGGAGAACAGCAGCUCUGUCCUUGUGUCAAACAUGGAGAAAGUUUCAAACAGCGAGGUCAACAUUCUCCCAAGUAAUCCCUGAGAGCAAAAGCUCAGUCUUCACACUGCUCUCAACACUCAGUUUCAGAAAAGUGUUUUCUACCCUUGGCUCUGUAUGAUAUCAAUAAGUGUGCAUAUUCCUUGUGUUAUUAUUGCAGACGCAUAAACCCCACCCACCUGCAGCCAGUCAGACAAGCGAUUGGUUAAAAUGCAAGGAAUGAAGCUGAAAGGGUAGCUUCAAGAUAACAACAGAUUACUACAGGAGCUUUAAAGGAUUUACAGUUUAGUGUUCAAGAAUUCAAAUAUGAUGCUAAAAAUUAGAUUAACACCUCUCUGUGUGCAGGAAAUCAUAACGGCAGGCACAAAUCACAUGGCUGCCUAGUUGAAUCCCAGAUUAGGAGCUUUGUUCACGCUUUAUCUCAUGUUUUGUCUCUCUCUACAUCUGUCUACUGUCACAUAAAGGAAAAUAAAGGCUGCGCUCCAGAUUGGCUGAGCUGUGGUAAAUCACAGCGCUGUUGGUCUUUGCCAGCUGUCUUUUUGUGCAACUUCUUGAAGUAAAUGCUCAGCUAAUUUCUUUUUCCGGAAGACCACACAGGGUGCCAGGCCUGCCUGUACUUGAGUUCAGUCUGACGUUUUUUUUUUUUUAAACGACUAUUCACACAGGUCCAAUUUUAUUUUGCUGUAGUGGGCGAGAAUAGCAGGAAUCUGUUUUACAGGACACGUUUUACUUUUUAUUUUCUUGUUCAGAAUUUAAACCAAACCCGUUUCUGACACUUGUGUAUGUAAUUAGGAUGUGUGUGAUGUACUGGAUAGAAAUGUCGCAUGUCAUCUUGCAGCCAUCUGUGGAGUUUGUUUCCAGGACAUGUUGUUGACCUUUUUGCUUUGUGAUAAUAUUAUUUGCGACUUUGAAAUAUUAACAUAUUAUUGAAAGAAUAUUCAGAACAGAGAGUCCAAACUGUCUGUGCCGUUUGGCGUCUUUGUCUGCCUGAUGUAAGAGCUCAUGGCAGCUUGUAAAAGAGUCUGUUAUCUCGGAGCAAAAUUCUUAAGUUACAGCAUUUGUUGGAACUAAGGUCAGACUGAAUGUCAGUGAAAACCAGCCUGGCAUCUUUAUAAGCACCAUUUCAUUUUCUCAUGAAUUGUCUGUGGAGACUUGUCGUGCCCUUUUGUUCCUCCAUUUUCAGUUCUCCGGUACUCCCAAAGAAGUCUGGUUUCUUUAUCGAGCCAUCGCACAGCUUUUGUAUUAACACAGUGAACACAUUUAAGAUAUUUCUUUUAUACUGUUUGUGUAGUCUGUUGAUGACUUUUUAGUUGAAAGACUGUCUUUUUUUCAUACCUCAAGAGCAGUAAAAUCUAUCCACCACUUAUAUGUAGCAAAAUAAGUAAUGUAGACCUGCCGAGUCAAAGUGGAGUCUCUGCCCUCGCUUAUUAAAUGUUAGUGAGAGAGACAAAAAUCCAUAGUCUGAAAAUUUGACCACCAGCGGACUGAUGGCAUUGAGUUUGAGCUUUGCAGACCCACGUCUACAUGUUAUCACAAGAGGGAAGAGUCAAAAAUAUGUGAAACCACUGGUAAUGUGGGCUACUGUUGUUCAUGUUUCUGUUAUUGUCUCUUUAGCUUAGCCUUUUUUGAACAGGAGAUACAAAUAAGGAUAUACAGCCUUGAGCCACCCUGCUUUUCUUUUCUGGGAAAUAGUGCACUUAUUUUAUUGAAAUGUAUCCAAACAUGCAGUAUUCAAGGAAAAAAGUCAGUGUUUGGGAUGACCACCUUUAACUUUUAACACAGCCUGAAGUCUUUUGGGCAACUUUCUAGUAAUUACUUUAAGGAAUCUUCAAGAAUAGUUCUCCAGGCUUCUUGAAGGACGUUCCAAACCUCUGUUUUGAAUGUUCUGCCUUUUGUUUCAUUUUCUUUCAAGAUGAUCCCACACUGCUUCAGCAAUGUUGGGGUUUUCCCACACUUGGUUUGUUUCUGUCAAUGGUACACUCCGCUGUGGCUGCCUUUCAUGUUCAAGCCAAGUUUUUAACCAAACAGCAGUCGACGUACUGUACACCUGGUGUCAUCACUGGUGAGAAUUCAACCAACAAAGAGGCUACAGCUACAACAGUCCUUCUCUUUGCAUAACCACAUUUCUGUGCAAACUCAGGACCGUGAAUCUCGAACAAAUCUUAUCCCCAUACAAGUCAGACGGGAGGCUUCAUCACUAAGCUUAAAUGGCUGAGGCCAGUGGUUAGUGCAUAAAUCAAGGAAACUGCAAUCAUUCUGCUACCCCACAGGCUGUGCAAUCAGAGUAAAAAUCAGAUAUCUAAUCCAUUAUUUUAAAGACCUGAAAUUUCCAUACAUUACCACUCUGUUUGGUGCAUCAUCCAUAAUGUGGAUCAUUUUAAAAUAUACUGCUGACUGUAUUCAUUCGUGAACAGUGUAUUUCCACCGCGGACAGCUGACAGAUUGGUGAACGCCGGGGUGAAUUAAUAACAUUCAAAUGUACCGUAUAAGCAGGCUGUUUAGAGCCGAUGGAAGGUAUCAAUAAAGAUAAAAAAUAAAUAUCUAAUAAAGUCAGAAGAUAUUAAAAUGCUGAGUCAUAAACGGUUAACAACUUAUUAAUAUUCUGCAAAGGUGUUUUUUUUUU